CCUACAUCGUGGAUUGGAGUGGAUUGAAUAUUGAGUAAAACGUUUGCAAGUAGAUCUAACUUUAUUUCCAAGUAUAUGUUUGUUCAAUGUCUUAUUAUUAUGAAAAGAAGACAAAUAUUAACGUUAACAAUAUUAUUUAGGAAAUGUAUGUUUUUUUUCAACGUUGUCUCUGUAAAUGUUCGAUUAUUGUGCUGCUAUCAUGAACCCGCCCAAACAAACCGCCCAUUUAACGGUAGCUUUCACUUUCAAAAGAGUGACAGGUGAAGAAUAUAAUCCCUUUUUCCUAUUUCAGGUUGUAGUCUAUGCAUGAUGUUUGGCGAAAGUAAGCCAUUUUAAAGAUAUUAGUAUCGUCUCUCAGGGACAGCAAAUUUAAAUACGUCAUUCAUAUGGCGCCAAGAGUUUAAAGUAUGAUCUUAUUUUGUUGUAAGGUUGCGCACCCGCCAGUGCAAUCGCACAAGAGAGAAGAACGCGAGCGGGCAGGACUGAGCAGGCUAUAUGUUUUUAGGUGUAACGAUGCCAAACUAGCCAGCUUGCUAUCUUUCAUGACUCAUUAUUUGAAAAUUAGGCAUACAUUUUUUUCUACUGGAUUUGAGGAAAACAUACUCCCAUGAUAAAUCAGGACCUGGGGGAUACCACAUUGGAUUUGGACUAUUUUCGAAAUGCGACAUGGCUUUCAAAAUUAUAUUUGUUAGCUUACCUUGCUGUACCAUAGCUAGUGUACAGUAGAACGGACUUGCUGGAUGCGGCUAUCUUGCAAGCACGUUAACUAGCUAGCUAGAUAAUUUGGAUUUAAGGAUGAUAUACUCCUAAAGUCAGCUAAAUGUAGCUAACUGCAUUUAGCCGAUACCUGCGAAUUCGGACAUCGCAGGUUUGUUGACUAUUAUGUUAUACUGUCGGAUAGACUAUCAUGGAGUAAAUUUGUCAAUUGGUACUUUUUAUUUUGACUUUUGGGAGAGCAUCUGACGUGCUGUCAACACCAUACAGCCUCGCAGGCAUAGUCCUGUCACCAACGUGAAUAGUCAGGGGGCUAACUAACUAGCUCGCUAGCUAGGGGUAAGUUGGCUACACUGGAAUUUGACCACCGUGAAUUUCACUGUCGCUAGCUACAUGUGGUUAGCUUCAAAUUAUAUCGUAAUUUCUCAUCAUCGCCCAUCGUCCAGAGUCGAGGACGUUUCGCAGCCCGACCCUGACUGCAAUCAAGAUAAAAAGAUGGAGAGGGAGACGAAGAGGAGAAAAUACUCCAGCAGUAGCAAUGACUCGGACACCACGGACACCACUGGCAGUCAAGUGACCUCCUGGUCCAAGUCCUCCAAGAACACAGGGACCAGCAGCACCUGGGUCAGACAGGCGCACAAUAAACCCUCUGAGGUGUUCCGGACGGACUUCAUCACAGCCAUGAAGCUGCCAGACUCGGCCCAGCUGGGCCACGAUGACUUCUACGUGCUGUCAGACCCCUGGAGACAGGAGUGGGAGAAGGGGGUCCAGGUCCCUGCCAGCAUAGACGCCAUCCCAGAACCCGUCGUCAGGAUGCUACCAGAGGUGGGGCGUAUCCCAUUCUACUGGCCAGGGCAGGGCCGGGGGGGCAUGAAGACCACCAAUGAGCCCCACAGCCGCUAUGACCUGGAUGACAUAGACGUGUCCUGGCUGGAGCUGGUUAACCUGGAGUUCAGAGAACUGGCGCUGCCGGAGCUGGACGAGCUGACCAUGGAGCGUGUGCUGGUGGAGCUGGAGAGCCAGUGUGAGGAGAACAUGCAGCAGGCCAUCGAGACGGAGGAGGGCCUGGGCAUUGAGUACGACGAGGAUGUGGUGUGUGACGUGUGCCGGUCCCCAGAGGGAGAGGAUGGCAACGAGAUGGUCUUCUGUGACAAGUGCAACAUCUGCGUACAUCAGGCGUGUUAUGGGAUCCUGAAGGUCCCACAGGGGAGCUGGCUGUGCCGAACCUGUGCCCUAGGGGUGCAACCCAAAUGCCUGCUGUGCCCCAAGAGAGGCGGAGCCCUGAAGCCCACCCGCAGUGGAACCAAGUGGGUCCAUGUCAGCUGUGCCUUAUGGAUCCCCGAGGUGAGUAUAGGCUGUCCAGAGAAGAUGGAGCCCAUUACUAAGGUGUCCCACAUUCCCGCCAGCCGCUGGGCCCUGUCCUGCAGCCUGUGUCGAGAACACACGGGCACCUGCAUACAGUGCUCCAUGCCCUCCUGUAUUGUGGCCUUCCAUGUGACCUGCUCGUUUGACCACGGCCUGGAGAUGCGUACCAUCCUAGCUGAGAACGACGAGGUGCGCUUCAAAUCAUACUGCCUGGAGCACAGCAGCACUACCGGCAACAGUAACCACGCUGCCGCUGUCGCCGGCAACAGUAACCACACCAACGCCAUGACCGGUAACAGUAACCACACCAACGGCGCCCACUGCUCUGGUGCCAGCAGCAAAACGGACUGGGCCGGACACGGCAACGAGCACAGAGCCAAUGCCGGGCCGGAACACCACCAAGCGGCCAGCGAGCUGCCACCUGUGGAGCGUCCAGACCGGGACCAGAUGGAGAGGGAGAAGGCCAGCCAGCGCAAACAGAAACUACAGGAGCUGGAGGACAAGUUCUACCACCUGGUGGACCCAAAAGACGUGGCAGAGAGCCUGGGCCUGCCGGACGCCCACGUGGACUUCCUGUACCAGUUCUGGAAGCUGAGGAGGAAGUCCAACUUCAACCGUCCGCUGGUGACGCUGAAAAGAGACGAGGUAGAUAACCUGGCGCAGCAGGAGCAGGACGUGCUGUACCGACGCCUCAAACUGUUCACACACCUACGCCAGGACCUAGAGAGGGUGAGGAACCUGUGCUACAUGGUGACGCGGCGGGAGAAGAUGAAGACUUCUCUGUGUGACCUCCAGGAGAAGAUCUUCCACCUGCAGAUCCAGCUGCUGGAGGAGGACCUAGCUGGAGAGAAAACCAUGAAGGGGCAGAAGGGAAAGCAGAACGGGGUGAAGGAGAGAGGGAAGGAGCGGCGGAAAAGCAGUCCAGAGAAGAAGAAUGAGAGGUGGCAGUGUGAGAAUGGCUCCCUCCUGAAACAGCUAGGUUUCCCCAAGACCUUCCCUCUGGACAACUCCCUGUUUGACAGCUGGCUGGCUCAGUCGGUGCAGAUCACGGCUGACGACAUGCUGAGCCAGUGGGCCCUGGACGCCGGGCAGCACCGUGACAAGACGGCCAGCCUGCUGUCUGACCAGCUGCUGCAGGGAGAGGAGAACCUGCUCAGCCUUAUGAUGGACCACUCCAUGAAGUCCACCUGGAAGACCCCUCAGCUGGGCCGCAAGACCCGGGGCAAGCCCCGAACCCGGGGCCAUCACUCCACCACCAACACCGCCGCAGCAACCACCGACACCCCCCCUGCUGCUGCAGCCACCGCAGCCUCCACAGCCAAGGGGGCUCUACUGGCAGAGGAGAGGCCAGGCCAUGGGGUUCGUAGAGGGGAAAGGUCCCGGGGCACCAAGGCCCUCCACCACCGCCACCCCCAGACCAGGAGCACUGAGGCUCCUCUGGACCCGCCACCGCAGCCGCCCACCUCCAAAAUGGACUCCUGUCACAUCUCGGAGGAGCGUGGCCCCUGGAACAGCCUCACGGGUACUGGGGUAGCGUCUGCCCCCCUGGCCUCCUGUUUCCCCCCAUACAGUAGUCCUGGGACAGUGCCUGAGGGGGGGUCAGGGGGGGGUCCCAUUCCCCGCACGGCCUUGCGCCUCCGCCUGCACCGGCAGGGCAAGUCCCGGGGGAAGGGUGGGAGUGGGGGGUUGCAGGAAGCUGUGGAGCGCCCCCUGGAAAGGGAGAGAGAGAAGGACCCCCACCCCGUCUCCCACCCAGUGAAGGAGACAUCAUCAUCGCUGCUGGACCCCGAGACAGACGGCUACUUCUCUGAUGCCGAGCAGAGCGACUCAGACACACACUCCAGUGCCCGCAAGCUUCGUCUGGCUCAGUUGCAUUCUGGGAGCGAGGACCUGCUGAGGAGGAGCGUGCUGGCUUUGUAGAAUAAACUGAGACGCGCGCACACACACACACACCACCGACCAGAACACACACUGUUUUCUCAGACUGACUGGAGCUCCAUCCCAGCUCCCGCUGCCACGGCUUCUGUCUGUGUUCUUGAUAUUAAAAUUGUAGUUAUUUUCUUUCUAGAUUGCUUUAAUGAACCAAAUCUCGGUACAUCACUAGUCAUGAAUCAGUUUAUCUGCACUGUUCUGAGGAUUUGAAUGUAGCUGCUACAUAGUUAAACAAUGAGACCCUAGAUGUUAAAGUAACAAAGGCUGUAUGAUGAUGUAAGAAGACAAAGAGAAAGUGGAUUUGGACUACCUUACGUUUAGGUUUUGUUUGGUUUAGAUGUUGAAGUAUAACACGGUGGUAAACCAUGUCAUCAACCCUUUCUAGCAACGUGGGCUCAGUGGUAACUAACCACAAGAGUUGGGGUGAAUACUUUGUGGACAUUAUAAGCUAGUUCAGGUGAAUCACUUAUUUUCAAAUGACCUAAGAUGGAUCCCAUGAUGCAAUCCUUGGGAUAUGAUGUUUAAAAAGUCGUUCAGUUCAGAAUCAGACCCAGAACAGGUCUAAUGGGCUAACCCAUCAGUCUGAGAAAUAUACAGAAAAUAUCACACAAAUAUUAGCCUUUAAAAGCACAAAUAGCUAACAGGAACUGUAAUGCAAACAUUGUGCAUAAACACACUCACACACAUAUACACCACACACAUUACACAAACACACACAUGAUUACAUUCUCAAAGCUCCUCCCUCUGCAUUCAGUCGUUGUUGUAACAUACUGUUUGAGAAUUACGUCAGCUCUUCACUGACUCUGCCUCCUCUUCCGUUUCAAUCAUUGAAGAAACAAUAUUUAACGAAUUGUGUGCCUUCUGUCGCUCCCCCAAAAUGAGUUUAUUAAUCACUUCUAUAAUCUGAUUUGUUACAAUCAAAAAAGGGAAACCUGUUGUAUUGGUAAUCAAGCGUACCGAAACAGAUGACCUUAAUUGUAGUGCCUAAAAAUUGAUGUAUAUACAGCUUUUGCCAUGAAUCAACCCAACCGCACGCAAAGCCACACAGAUACACAGUUCUACCAUCAUUGUGCAAAUUGCUGCCCCAACAAAGCAACUUCUAGAGUCAUUGUUGCUCCCGUCAGACGAGUGGUAUAAUCAGCUACAGUACAGACUCCUGGAUUCUAACUACUUUUUUUAGUUCUUUGUAAAUUUGUUUUAACUCUUGUUUUUUCGUCUCAGAGAGUUGUAUUUUAUACUUAAAGUGGUCCACAGUAUUUUCUCAGGGUUUAAAAAAUCGAAGAAGACAUAUAAGAAGGGUUGAAAAUGUAUUGAAAUCAAAGUUAAACCGUAAAUAUAUUAUACUAUAAAAAGGCUAUUUUAUACAUAUAAGUAUGUAUAGAAAAAGUUCCUUUGGCAAAGCUUCACUGUUUGAACUGACUACUACUGUACUGAGAGCUUUUCUCCUGUCUCAAUCAGUACACUACUACUGCUACUUCUACUACCCAACUGGCUGUCUCCUGAGUUGAUGAUGCCAAAGAACAGUGUAAAACAGACUGGGCAGCAUGCACUCACUCUGGCAGCGUCCUAAACAACACCCUAUUCCCUAGAUAGUGCACAUGGUGCCGGUUGGGACGCUGCCUCACUCUCCGGUGUCACCAUGUGAUCCUCUGAAGGACAUGAAUACGGAAAUCUACCUGAUGCCAGCAGCUCUGUUCUAGUCGAUUCAAUUAGGAGCUCUGCAUUGCUCUGGCCUGGUUUGGCUCGGCUUUAACACCCACCACCACUAUUCCACCUUGGACCCUCCCAUUCCCUGCUCCCUUAAGGCUGUUCCUUACUGGCCCCCUGUGCCACUGACCUACUCUGGAUGGAGUGUCGCAGUUCCCCCCCUGCCCCCAACCUGGGAAGAGUUGAAUGCUGCUGAACCGUGUGUGUGUGUUUGUGUGUGUCUGUGUGUUUGUGUGUCUGUGUGUGUGUGGCUGAUGGUUCAGAGCCCACUGACACCCCUAGUGCUGUUAUCACAGGGUUGGAAUGUAGAAGAUGACUAGAUUUUUGUGUGUGUUGUCCGGUCCCCGGAUGGGACACAUAUUCAGGAUGAAACCCCCUAAAACAGUGUAUUGGUCAGGUGGCUCUGUUUGUCUGUCUGUUUGUCUGUCUGCAGCCAGUCUGGUUACUUCCUUUGGCCAUUUCCUUUCCAUCCACCGUAACCCUUGGAGACAGACUAGUAUAACCAUAGAAAUAGAAUGAGUAGCACAUUCUAUUCAUUCUUACUCUAUGAUUGCAACGUAUACAAUAACAACAACCAUGCUUAUUGUUGUCUGCAGAUAGGUCGUCUGGGUGGAUGAAUGGGGUUAGCGCUGUAGUAGCCCCACAGAAUCCACCCAAACACCUAGUCGUUUACGUGUUAAGACGAUGAAAUGUAAACUUGGUUUCAAUAUUCAAUAUAUACACCAAUUUAGACUAGACAGUGUUUUAGACGGAGCCCUUCAUGUACGGCCCCUAACGUAGUAGAAAACAGGUUGUUAUUAUUGGAGUGGGGCAUGUACGCCCUCUUCCUCCGCUUCCUCUCAGAAACAGUAGGCUGGCAUUUUAGUGAGGUGGUGAGGUCUUUUAGUCCAGCAGGCAGCAGCUGACUGCACUUUUCAUAUAGAGUAUAGAUGGAUGGAUGGAUAGAUGGUAUUAUAUCCUAGAUGGACAGUAUUUUCCGACAGAGUACCUAUGGAUGGAUGGUAUUACUAUUAUCCUCCUCAAGCAGAGUUUCUUUGCACCAAUCCUGAGCACCCACAGGGUUGCAUGUUUUAUUCCAGCCCACACUAACACACCUGAUACAGAUCAUCAAAUUGAUGAUCAGUUGAAUUUAGGAUGUGUUAGUGCUGGGCUAGAACAAAACAUACAUUCGGACGGUGGGUCCCCUGAAAUAGGGUUGAGAAAGGAUGCUUUGGUGUAGCUGUGGAUGAAUGUCCUAGUGCUGUCUCCGUACCACCUAGGAACUGCUGCUGCUGCUGUUGUUGUUGUCGUUUGUACCGUGAAAAGGCCAUCAGCACACUAACAGAACAACGACGUCAUUGAGAAGGAUCUCCUCUUCUGUGUUAGUUGCUUCCUCCCAUAGGGAACUGGUUCAUGGCUGUAGUAGUUCGACUGCCGUUUACCUAUCUGGUUUUUGUAUGCACCAACAAUAAUGUAUAAUACUGUACUAGAGACCGUUUUGUUUCCUUGUUAAAAGCCUUCGCAAGCUGUUUUUGUAACGCUUCUGCCGCGGCUCAUAUAACUAGAAUGCUGACUCAUAAUCAGAUCAACUGCUUCCUUAUUGGCGCUUUAGCUCUCGGACCGUUGACGGACUGCUUCCACACAGUGAAGUAUGGUUCCAAUCCAACACCCACCCCACAGACUAGGGUUCUGUCUCACUCCCCUCCCUGCUUCAGUGUUCCGCCAGCCCGCCUUGACUCCUUCAUUGUUUUGAAGCACAGCAGGAUCAAAGGAACAAACUUUAAGGUCAAAUAAUGACAUGUAUGUGUAGUGGAGAGGGCGUUUGUCACUCUGCUGCUUAGAGAGAGAGUGUUUGUUCCCUGUCCACAUAGUGUACUUAAACAGACAGGGAAUCUGAACACCCGUCUCUCCCUUUUUCUGUGUGGCACACAAACUCAGUGCAAACACUUCUGUUUUUACUGGAGCUACGUUUAUUUGCUUUCUUUGCUUUUGUUUUAUACAACCAGAGAGAAAAUGAUUUGAUAAAAAAAAGGGGGAAUUGCUAAUUGCAGUUUAAAUGGUCAGCCCGGCUCUCCAGUGGGCUGAUAGUUCAAUUGGCCAGGCCUGCUCUCCAGUGGGCUGAUAGUUCAAUUGGCCAGGCCUGCUCUCCAGUGGGCUGAUAGUUCAAUUGGCCAGGCCUGCUCUCCAGUGGGCUGAUAGUGCAAUUGGCCAGGCCGGCUCUCCAGUGGGCUGAUAGUUCAAUUGGCCAGGCCUGCUCUCCAGUGGGCUGAUAGUUCAAUUGGCCAGGCCUGCUCUCCAGUGGGUUGAUAGUUCAAUUGGCCAGGCCGGCUCUCCAGUGGGCUGAUAGUUCAAUUGGCCAGGCCUGCUCUCCAGUGGGCUGAUAGUUCAAUUGGCCAGGCAGUGGGCUGAUAGUUCAAUUGGCCAGGCCGGCUCUCCAGUGGGCUGAUAGUUCAAUUGGCCAGGCCUGCUCUCCAGUGGGCUGAUAGUUCAAUUGGCCAGGCCUGCUCUCCAGUGGGCUGAUAGUUCAAUUGGCCAGGCCGGCUCUCCAGUGGGCUGAUAGUUCAAUUGGCCAGGCCUGCUCUCCAGUGAGCUGAUAGUUCAAUUGGCCAGGCCUGCUCUCCAGUGGGCUGAUAGUUCAAUUGGCCAGGCCUGCUCUCCAGUGGGUUGAUAGUUCAAUUGGCCAGGCCGGCUCUCCAGUGGGCUGAUAGUUCAAUUGGCCAGGCCUGCUCUCCAGUGGGCUGAUAGUUCAAUUGGCCAGGCAGUGGGCUGAUAGUUCAAUUGGCCAGGCCGGCUCUCCAGUGGGCUGAUAGUUCAAUUGGCCAGGCCGGCUCUCCAGUGGGCUGAUAGUUCAAUUGGCCAGGCCUGCUCUCCAGUGGGCUGAUAGUUCAAUUUGCCAGGCCUGCUCUCCAGUGGGCUGAUAGUUCAAUUGGCCAGGCCUGCUCUCCAGUGGGCUGAUAGUUCAAUUGGCCAGGCAGUGGGCUGAUAGUUCAAUUGGCCAGGCCGGCUCUCCAGUGGGCUGAUAGUUCAAUUGGCCAGGCCUGCUCUCCAGUGGGCUGAUAGUUCAAUUGGCCAGGCCUGCUCUCCAGUGGGCUGAUAGUUCAAUUGGCCAGGCCGGCUCUCCAGUGGGCUGAUAGUUCAAUUGGCCAGGCCUGCUCUCCAGUGGGCUGAUAGUUCAAUUGGCCAGGCCUGCUCUCCAGUGGGCUGAUAGUUCAAUUGGCCAGGCCUGCUCUCCAGUGGGCUGAUAGUGCAAUUGGCCAGGCCUGCUCUCCAGUGGGCUGAUAGUUCAAUUGGCCAGGCAGUGGGCUGAUAGUUCAAUUGGCCAGGCCGGCUCUCCAGUGGGCUGAUAGUUCAAUUGGCCAGGCCUGCUCUCCAGUGGGCUGAUAGUUCAAUUUGCCAGGCCUGCUCUCCAGUGGGCUGAUAGUUCAAUUGGCCAGGCCUGCUCUCCAGUGGGCUGAUAGUUCAAUUGGCCAGGCAGUGGGCUGAUAGUUCAAUUGGCCAGGCCGGCUCUCCAGUGGGCUGAUAGUUCAAUUGGCCAGGCCUGCUCUCCAGUGGGCUGAUAGUUCAAUUGGCCAGGCCGGCUCUCCAGUGGGCUGAUAGUUCAAUUGGCCAGGCCUGCUCUCCAGUGGGCUGAUAGUUCAAUUUGCCAGGCCUGCUCUCCAGUGGGCUGAUAGUUCAAUUGGCCAGGCCUGCUCUCCAGUGGGCUGAUAGUUCAAUUGGCCAGGCAGUGGGCUGAUAGUUCAAUUGGCCAGGCCGGCUCUCCAGUGGGCUGAUAGUUCAAUUGGCCAGGCCUGCUCUCCAGUGGGCUGAUAGUUCAAUUGGCCAGGCCUGCUCUCCAGUGGGCUGAUAGUUCAAUUGGCCAGGCCGGCUCUCCAGUGGGCUGAUAGUUCAAUUGGCCAGGCCGGCUCUCCAGUGGGCUGAUCAACGUGGAGCUGAAGCCUGGAAGAGACCUUUUGUUCUCUCACUUCCUCCAUGGAGAACGCUCACAGGAAACGAACCCCUGUUCUCUGGCAGCACAGCGGCCGGGUCUCAAAUGGUACAAUAUUCCUUUUAUAGUGUACUACGGUCCCUGGUCAAAAGUAGUGCACUAUCAAGAAAAUAGGAUGCCAUUUGGGAUGCACACAAACUAUUUCUGACCAGCAGGGUCACAGAAUGUGUUGCUCUCAUUAAAACCAAUAGUUCCCCUCCAGAAGUUAGAGGCUCAAACCUUUUUUUUUAAUGUAAUCCAAUGACAUUUUAAAUGUUCAUAUGGACAGAGAGUGCACAGGAACGUUUAUUUCAGUGUCCUGUUCAAGUUCCACAGUUCAAAUAACUUGUUCCCAUGUUGAUUUUUUUUCAUGAUGCUCAUUCCCUGACCUGUAUACACUUAUGAGUCCAUUUCCAGGAGAUAAGGUUUACUAUCCAGAACCACAGCUGCUCCUCCUAAGGUUGGGCCAAUUUACCAUUAGUGUCUCUGCAAGCGAGCCAAGCUCAGAUUUUCUUCAGUUUUUGUAACUGAUCUGGCAUCACUUUGCUGCCUCCAAAAUCAGGCUACAUCCCAAAUGGCACUGUAUUCUCUAUGAAGUGCACUACUUUUGACCAGGGCCCUUAGGGCUCGGGUCAAAAGUAUUGCACUAGGGAACAGGGUGACAUUUGGGAUGUUAACUCUCUAAAUACCUGUCCUGUAUCUCCUACUGGUCACAUUCGUCAUUUUGAUAAGAGUCAGUGAUCUCUCUUAUCAAAGCAGACUCUGACAUGGUUCCUCCUCCACCUGCCUGUGUUAUUUGUCCUUAAAAGGCGCUGAAAUCUACUGCUGCCGUGUACAAUUCAAUUCCUCACCCAUUUCGGCUCUAUCUGCAUCAGUUAUACAAUACGAUAAUAUGAAUGUUGCAGGAGUUUAUUCUGCUGUAUUUUUUGUUUCAAAGAAUGUUGUGCCAUUUGUUAAUAGCAAAGAUAAAUAUUGAACAUAUAUUAAAAAGAAAAGCAAUUUUAAAUUAUUUUUGGGCUUUUUUUGCAAUAUUUAUUUUCUUGUAUUAGAAUCUUCUUUGUAGGAGGAAAAAUGAAACAUUUAUUUUUCAUUAGUGCAAAAACCUAUUUUUCCUUUUUGUACAAUUUCAAUGUUAAGCAAAACUUUAAAAAGCAAUAUGAUGUUCCAUGUGACUGUAUCUGCAUGCUGUUUGUGUUGCCUUGACGACGGCUGCGUCCACUAUGACCCUGUUCCCCCCUCCUCCCCCCGGCACUCUGGAGUGGUUGACCAGUGUAGUCAAUAAAGCAGUGCUUUCUGUGUA